AGAACGCGGACUGGACAGUGAGGGAUAUGUUUGAUGAGUGUCUGUUCGUUUAGUUCAUUUAAAGCAAAGUUUCUACUUUUUCCCACCUUGACUUUAAACAGAUUCCAGGCAAAGCAGUGGUCGCCUUGGAUCCUAAGUGAAAGUAAGUCGGUACCGGAUUCUGGAUGUGUGUACAUGUGUCCUGGAACUGGGAGUCAGAUGGAGAACCACACACACUCACUGCCAUCCCUUUCUCCUAUCCAUUCUCCCAACAACCCCUCUAAAGCACUUUCUCCAUCUCUUCCUCAGCCCUCUGCAACAGCACCUGCCUCACUCUCUCUCUCUUCACCUUCUCUGCCUCUGUUCUCUCCCUUUCACUCCCUUCAGACCUCAGGAGGGCUUAACUCACACUGCCUCAGUCCAUCAACUCCAUCAGAUCAAGAUGACCUGACUUGUCUCAACUGGUUGCAGCAGAAAAACAUACUGCCUCUGUCUAAAAUGCUCUCAUUCUCUCAGUUUGACGCGCCUCCUAUUUCAAGUCUCCCAUCUUCCCUGACCAAGCCGCCAUACUCUUUUAGCAGUCUCAUCUUCAUGGCCAUCGAAGACUCUCCAGACAAAAAGCUUCCUGUAAGAGGGAUCUAUGAGUGGAUUGUCAGCAACUUCCCCUAUUACAAGACAGCACCAAGUGGCUGGAGAAAUUCAGUGCGACACAACCUGUCCCUGAGCAAGAGCUUUCGCAGGAUACAGCGAGACAAGAGUCAAUCCAUAGGAAAGGGGUCACUGUGGUGCGUUUGUACAGAAUAUCGACCGGCUCUUUUAGAGGUGCUUAAGAAAAUUCAUUACUGCCACAGCAACAACAGCAGUUUGCUGAAUAACCCUGUUUUGUUGGAGGCAGCUGAUCAUGGCCAGAAUGCUAUGUGUGACUCUUUGGCAAUUUCAGCAGACUUGGACUCAAAUAACCCAACUCUGUCCUCAAGUUCACCAUGCUCUUUGAUCCCUGAGCAUGAGGAGCUGGUGGCCAUACAAUCUGUAGAUCUUACAGAAGAAACCGAGUCUGAGAAAGACCCACUGGCAGAUAGUGGCUACAUCGAAUUCCAUUAUUACCAGUGUGAACAAUACCAAUAUCUGGUGUUGCCUGGGAACAGCGACCUGGACCUGGAAACAGUUGAGAUCCUCCAACUUGACGCAGAGGCACAAGAAGCUGCAGGAUCUCUGCUUGAUUUAGCGGGAGGAAACCACUGAUACUUUGAUAGAAAUUCUUGGAUAAGGCCAUAUAGUCUGUGUAGACAGCAUGUACCAUACAUUUGCAAGGAUAGAAAAUUGAUGUCAAAUGUGUGCUGGAAAGGUAAAUGAUGGGGCUAUGUGUGUACAGCAUUCAGGCGUUGCAGUUUUGCACAGCAAAUGUGCAAAAACAAAAAUAAAAUGUCAUUUGUGACAUUUUAGAGACAACUGGAAUAUACCAGUUAUGUACUAUUUCUAAAGUGUUCUUAAACUAUACUGUAUACUUUUUCUCCAUAAUUUUUUUAUAGAUUUAGAUUAAAAGCAUACACCACUGUUCAAACCACCACUGGUUAAUCAGACGGCACUUUUUAUAGCCAGAGAAAGAUUUUUUAUGGCAUAGUUUAAUAUUAUGUCUAUUGGGUACACCUGCCUUGUCAUGCGUGCGUGCUAUAUGUAUUAAUAGGUAACCCUUUGUAGCUGAACAUUACUGGUGUAGUGAUAUGUAAUCACCAAAUGAUCAUUGCUGAUCAGGUAUUGUUUGGGAGAUGGACCAUUUUUUAGCAGUCAUCAAAAUUACUCAAGUACAACAGCCUAUAAGAAUUUGUCCAAAUAAUAUAAGAUAAUUAACAGCCCUAUUUCCAUGAACAAAUGUGAGGUUUGCAAAUGGCAGAUUGUUUGCCAUGGGUUGCCAUUCAUUUUUUUAACUGCACUUAAGUGGUGGUUGUAUCUAAUAAACUAAUAAAUCUUUAUAGUUUAACAAUUUUAAGUAAAUUGUACAAAUGAACCUUUAAGUACAAAUUAAUCUUCUAAUUUUCUAAUAGUAUAAAUAACAUCUAAUGGUUUAUAAUGAUAAAAGUGAUAUUAAAGGAGAAACUGCCAACAACAAGCCUAUUGAUUAGGAUGUGCACACAAAGAUGAAUUUUAUUCUGGAAAUCUUUUUUCCACUUUUUUUAAUCUAUAGUUAUUUAAUUGUUAAAAUGUUUAAUUUUCUGUGAUUCUUAGUGCACCAUAUUGUAUUCUGUCAAUUUUAUUGUCAUUUAAUGGUGUGAUUAGCAGCUUGUUCGAAAAUGCCUAAAUGUUCUGUUUAUAUAAGGCACUUGGUAAUAAACAUCUGCAGUGAGUACCUUU